GUUCAUUCUUCUCGUUGAACCCUGAACAGCAAGAAACAAAACCUCCCUGGUUUUCGCCGGACGUCUGAACAGCAAGAAAUCCGGACGCCGGAAGUCCGAUUCUUUCCGCGGAAAACGAAACUCGAAUGUGCGAAUCAAGAUGGCUAUGGGGAUAGCUUCAAUUUCUAAAACCCUAACAAACGCAUUUCUCUUGAGAGGUUCCCGCCGCAUCAUCUCUUCCUCUUCCCCAUCAUCUUCGUCGCGCUACAGCACUGCUUCUGCUGCGGUUCUUGAUCUUCCGCCCCCUGUAGAGCCGAAUCCCUCUCCUCGACCUCAAGAGCAACCGAGGAGCGGGUCGUCGUGGUCAAGAUGGUUGCUUUUUCUUCCUGGAACGAUUACUUUUGGCCUUGGCACUUGGCAGAUCUUCAGAAGAGAGGAGAAGAUAAAGGUGCUUGAGCAUAGGCAGAGGAGAUUAGCACUGGAACCUAUGAAGUUGAACGAUCCCUCUCCAUCAGAACAACUUGACGCCCUGGAAUUUAGAAGAGUUUCCUGCAAAGGAGUGUUUGAUGAAGAUAGAUCUAUAUUUGUGGGUCCACGUUCAAGAAGUAUUUCGGGAGUGACAGAAAAUGGCUUCUAUGUGGUUACUCCCCUUAUGCCCAUUCCCGGUGACCCAACGAGCGUGAAGUCGCCGAUUCUAGUCAACAGAGGAUGGGUUCCACGCAUUUGGAAAGAAAGAUCUCUAGAAGCUUCACUCAAUACUACUAAACAGUUCCCUGAUGUAUCAGCAGUCCCUAAAACUCAAGAGAGUCAAAGGGGUUCACGGUGGUGGCGGUUCUGGUCAAAGAAGCCACAAGCUAGUGAGGUUCAACCACUUUCCAUGGAUCCUGUAGAAGUAAUUGGCGUGGUACGAGGAAGUGAAAACCCAAGCAUUUUCGUUCCUGAAAAUGAUCCAAGCUCAGGGCAAUGGUUCUAUGUCGACAUUCCUGCAAUUGCUGCCACAUGUGGGCUUCCUGAAAAUGACAUCAUAUAUGUAGAGGACGUCCAUGAGAAUGUUAAUCCGAGUUGCCCAUACCCUGUUCCAAAAGAUGUCACUGCCUUGAUUAGCAGUUCAGUCAUGCCACAAGACCAUCUCAAUUACUCAUUCACAUGGUAUACUCUAUCUGCUGCUGUCACAUUUAUGGCAUUUAAACGGUUAAAGCAAAGACAAACCCGGAGGUAGCUGAGGUUUAGAAGCAAGUAAGAGAUCUGGGCUUUUUUGUGAAGCAACGGACGCCUGUUGUGCAUUGGCAGAACCAGAACUACUAGCAGUGUAUGAAGUUUUUUGUAAUGUGAUGGAAGUUUGCGCACCUGCACCAACUGUAUCAUGCUGCUUCGGCCACGUUCUGAUCGUUAGACAUAGUUUGUCUUAUAUUAGACUGAAUUCUG